AUGCCAAGGACCGGCGCUCAGUCGAGCGCGUCAGCUGCUGCACCAGCCAGCGGCAAGAGGAAGCGCUCCGAUGAAGACGAUUCUCGCAACAGCAAGGUCAGCUUCAAAAAGCACAGUAGUCGGCGCAGAUCAAAGUCUGCCCGCCGUAGCAUGAGCAGGAGCAGAAGCAAAAGUCGGGCCAGAUCGAAGUCGCGAGGUCGAUCCAAAUCGAGGGGCCGCUCAAAGUCGCGUCAUCGCCAUGACUCGGAUGACAGCAGCGAUGAGGAUUCGUCCGAUGCAUCGUCUGCUUCAUCUGUUUCAUCCAGCUACGACUCAAGCUCAGAUACCGACGACGAUGGUCGCCCUCACAAAUAUCGCCGUUCGCAGGAGCUCGUCGUCACCUUCCACUCCAAGGCAACGAAUACGCAGUUUGAGCGCGUCCUAGACAGCUCUCUCACUUUCGCUGCAGCUAAAGACGCCGUCAGAGCCAAAAUGCGCAUCCCUGCACAUGCUGCCUUCAAGCUUACAUCGCAGAGCUCCAUCGGAGGAAGCAUCGUACUGGAAGAAGAGGCAGACUUCCGCGCCUUUAAGGCUCGAGCGCUGCGGACCAAUGCCGAGUCGACCGUCAUUAGCGUCGAGCCUGUAAUGUCACCUGCAAUGCCGUUCGCUACUGGUGUAUGGGGAAGCGCUGCCCAGCAGCAGCAAGCACGACCGAUACCAGGGCCAACCCAGGCUUCUUCCUCCAACAUGCCGCCUCCGCCUCUACCAGCGCACCAAUCGCAGAUCUCGCCAAUGGCUUUGCCUGCCACGACGCAAAUGGCGCCCGCCCCCGCUGCUUCGACGCCGCUUUCUGCUGCCAAGCUUGGGCGAAGGAAGAAGCAAAAGACUGCGGCGGAACCCGAUGUCUCGCAGAGUCCAUCCACCAGCGCUGCUGCCACGAGAGCUAGUGGGGCGUCAUCAGCUACUACUGGGGGGAGCGGCUCGGUCCCUGCGCUUGCCUUGUCACCGUAUGCCUCGGGCUCGACGGACACUAGUGCCUUCGUUCCUCCUACGCUCAGAGCGCAUUUGGCGAAGACAGCGUCCUCUCCGGACUCGAGCGCGACUGCCCCUGUCGCCGGCCCAUCCGCCAAAGGAAAAGAAAAGGCAGUUGUCGAGGGAAACAAUGAUGACACAGCCACAGCUAAGGUCCGCAAAAGCAAAGCCCUCACUAAAGAUUCGGUCAACAGCGAGAAGCCGAAAAAGAAGCGGGGCAGACCCAAAAAAGCGGAGACGGAGGCUAAGGCUCAGGCUGCUGCGAAUGGUGAGCAAGCACAAUCCACUUCAUCAUCAUCUUCGAAGCGCGGCCAAGUAGCGUCACCAGCUCAACAGAACACUCGCCAAUCGUCCCCACCCGGUCCUCCCGCCAGCGAAGUGAGCUCCGCGACGGCCGGCAAAAGUCGUCGAGGUCGCAAGUCCAAAGCGGCGCAAGCCAAGGCGGCAGAGCGUCGCUCUGAGCAGCUGGCGCAGAAGCAGGCGAGCCAAUCAAAUGCCGCUACGGUCUCUGAGGCAGAAGCUGAGGCUGCCACCGGAUCGCAGCGUGAUGCGAACACGAGCAGAAGGAGUGGACGUGUAGUGCGCGUUGUUGAUACGCAGCCGCAGGAGGAGAAUCACGACGAUGACGAAGAUGACGACGAAGGUGAGACUACAGCUCAACCAACAGCGGCGUCACCCAGAGCGCUACGUGCGGCUCGUCGCGCCAGCGAUCCAGCCGCUGUUCCUGACGCCACCGCUGCAGAGGGAAGCGAAGCUGGAGCCUCCUCUGCAGCCCUUUCCUCGCGAAAUGCAAACAUCAGCGACGAUCGCGUUGUUAUUGAGAUCCCUCACUCUCCUGCCACAUCCCCAAGAACGGCAGCCAAGAGGAAGCGCGGUCGCGUCACCAUCGCUGAGGCUAUGGCUAUGGAAGCGGAGAAGGAGCGAAGAGAGGCAGAGGCCAAGUCGGAGGCUGCUGAGGUGAGGAAGAGGGCGAGAGGGUCGAAGAAGCAGCAGAAGGGGAAGCGGGCCGAGGAGCAGACAGAGCCGGUCGAGAUGUCGGAGGGUGAUGACUCUGCUGGAAAGGACGGGGAGGCUGUCACAGCGGAGGAGGCCGUGGACACGACUGCGAAUGAGCCUGAAGACGCAGCGCCUGCCAUCAAUGGCGAUGCUCCUGGGCCGGAGCCUGGCGCCCCUCUCGCUGCUGAGAAAGACGACGAAGACGACGAGGAAGCUCCCGCAGACCGCCCGAAGCGCUCCAAGCCGCAGUCCGCCGCGACGAAGCGUGAGCGAGCCGUGCUGGAGCGCCGCCAUCGCAAAAUCCGCAACGACUGUGCCGCUGCUCAAACCAAGGUGGCAGCCUUGCUCGAACUCGAGCGCACAGGUCAGCCCUUGCGCAAGGCGCAGCUCACGGUCGGCAAGAAAAAGGUCGUCAAGCUACGCAGCGAGCUGGAAGAGAUUGAGACCGACUUGUCCGACUAUGCGGCUGCUGAGGGACUGCCGGUUCCUGAGCGUGCGCCCGAGAUUGAGGAGGCGAGACGCUUGCAGACAGAGUGGGAGAAUGAGACCAACGAUGCAGAGGGACCGAUUGCAGGGCGCAGCCGGGCGGCACGGCGGGUUGCCCAACAACAGCAGCAGCAGCAGCAGCAGCAGCAGCAGCAGCAGCAGCAGCAGCAACAGCAGCAGCAUGACACUCGGCCUAUUCAGGGCUUCUCCCAACAGUCAUCGGAGGAUGAGCUGGCUUCCCAGUACAUACGUAGCGCUGAAGAGAAGGAGCAGCAGGCAAAGGAGGCCAAGGAAAAGGCCAAGAGCUUCGACGCCUCUAAGGCCCCCGGUCUUCGCUCUCCUGCUCACUCAGAGAUGGACGUCGAGACUAGCCCCAUCCUGCAGAGUUCACACGCAGAUGCGAACGGCGCCAAUGGAGACAAUCUUGAGGACGAGGACCCGGACGUGACUGAGCACCCUCUCCCUCCUCCCGCAACAGCGGCGCCCAUCGAGCCCGACCAUACGGUGGAGGCAGACAAAGGCGAGGAUGCCGACGAUGAGGAAUCUGCGCCCGAGGGACCGAGGAGGAGUAGUAGGGCGGACGCACAAUCCAAGGUCGCGGCUGCCUCUUCGCCUGCUGCUGGAGGCUCACCACCCACUGACCGGCGUCGUGGCGCUCCCUCUGGCCAGGAGGACCGCCUUUUUCUAGGUCAGACGCAGGGGAUGACGCAGACGCAGGCAUCGCCGAGCGGAGCUACAGCAGCAGAAUCGAAAGAGGAGGAGGUCCCUUCGACACAAAAGGCAGUAGUGGAGCAGGCGCAAUCUUCGCCGCCGUCAGGCAAGAAUUUGUCCGGCAGAAUCAACGGCAGUCAAGGCGCCAUCUCCCCCUCUCAAGCGCCAACGAGGAAGACACUGACACGUCAAUCAGCUGGGUCUGAUGCAGGGUCCGAGACAUCGGACGAUAGUGACGAUGACGAUGUCGAAGCCGAAGAGGAGAAGAGCGACGAGGAGGAGCACGAUGAUAUCGAGGCUGCAUCUCAGGGUAGUCACACGCAGGACGAAGAAGAGCAGGACGAGAUCGAGGCGACACAGCCUGCCGACCAGAGCAGGGCUAGUGAAGAAGAGCCAGAGGAUGAGAUUGAGGACGGAGGAAGGAACGAUGCACGCGUCAAGAAUCAGCAAGAGGAGCAAGGCGUUGAGAAGGAGCCCAGCGCAUUACUUGAUGCAGACGCUUCCACUUCCGCUGCUCCCUCUGAGCCCGCAGAGGAGGCACGUCCGUCGGCUGCUGAGGCGAGCGGCAGUGAUGCCGACGACAGCAGCGACGAGGGGGAGGAGAGUGCAGCCGGCCCUUCCAAGGACACUCCGGCCACCACUCUCGACAAUGGCCAGCGGCCGGCGUCAGCUUUAAUCUCAGCAAGCCCAAUGCCUUCCGCGCCUCCGACCUCUCAACCAGCCGGGCGUAACAGCGGCUUCUUCUCCCCCUUCAACUUCUUCCAAAAGGAUCGCACCGACCCUGCCAACGGAGCUGGAACCGCUUCACCAUCUGCGUCGCAGCCGCAGCGGACAUAUGGCAGGUCGAAUGAGGCGGCGCAGAACAGCUUCUCGGGAUCCUUCUCCCAGCCCGCUGCAGCGAAAACCAGUAGGCCAAGCCUUUCGAUCCCGCGUCUGAGUCAGAUGGGCGCUCCACAGUUCAGAAGGCAGGGCAGCCAGGGUGCGAGUGCGAGUGCGAAUGACAGCUUUGCAUCCAAUCGCAGCUCGAGGACUUUGGCUCGACAGUUGCCUGGCAAUGCGAGUGCGAGCGCGAAUGCCUCGACAAGCAUGCCGCCUGGCAACCAGCAGCACGCUGCUGCUGAAGCUGGUAGUGACGACGACGCUGAAGAGGAAGAAGAGGAGAGCAGCUCUGACUCGAGCAGCAGCAGCGACUCUGAUAGCGAUAGCGGAGCAGGCGCAAAGAAGGCUGCCGUCAACUCCGUCAACACUUCACCUCGCGCCCGCAGCGUUCGAGGGCGCGGUCGUGGGCGAGGCGGCGGGAAAGCCGGCAUUGUACCUGCUUCCAAGAGAGCGGGGGCCGAGGUGAAGAAGGCCAAGAAGACGAAGGGACUGGACGAUCUCUUCUGA